UAUAUUCAUUCAAUUUCAUAUCGCAUGUUGUCUAGCUUUAAGAUUCCUCAAACCACAGGAUAUAAAAUAUUUGGAUCGUCAUUUGCUCUUGCUCUGAUCAAAUAAUUGUAUCAUUUCUGGACUAAAAUUACUGUUAAAUGGGUAUAUUUCCUGGGUUUGGUGCCUGGAUCAACCUGAACAAGCAACAACCUCCAAAGGCCGAGUCCAAGAAAUCUAAGAAUGUAAAAUCAAAGCCAGGGUCGGAGAUAAAUACCAAUGCGGAGAGCGAAGAAACGAAGAGGCAAUUAAAGAUGUGGAGAGCUGAAGAGAAGAAAUUCCCAUGGCAGCGAGAUUAUCCUCCUAAGGUGAAGGUGUCCAAAACGAGUAUAGGUGAAACCCAUUUGGAGAUGGCAUUUUCAAUAGGAUUGCCUCCUGAGACAGUCUUCGAUAUUGUAACUAGUCACGACAACCAAACAUAUUCUUACUUCAAACAAAUGAAAAGGCGCAAAAUCCUGGAUGUCAAAUCAAGCAAGGUUCUUAGGGAUAAUGGAAGGGAUGAGAAAGUCGUGGUAGUAAAAAAAUCUGCGCCCUGGAAGUUUCUUUGGUGGGAUGGAAAAAUGCCAAUAGAACUAGUUUUCAAUGAGAACCGAAAAGAUCUCCUCACAUUAUUUAGGAUUCCGAGAGAGGAUGUAAUGAACAUGGAAUGGUUACUAGGUCAGUUGCAAAUAAAGCCAUGGUACAUAGAUAGUGAUAAAUAUUGCACGGCUAGGGAACCGAAAAGCGCAGAAGAAUACCGAAAAUGUUCAGGCGGAAAAGGAUUACUUGGGUCGAAAUUGAAGCUGGACAUGGUUUAUAUGCCCAUGCAACCUCUUGAUAUGCCGCCGUUUUCUUGGUACAUCCGUCGGGUCACCACCAAAAGCACUAAGAGUUUAAUGGAAGAUCUUCAGAUUCGGGGCGCCGUUCUCCGAAGUAUUUGAGACUCUUCACUUCCGAUACGUACGAACGUUGGAGUGCUAAUAUGGCUAGUAGGAUUCGACGAGACGAGUUAAGCGAAAUCUCUAAGUAAAGACAUCAAGCAAAAAACAUGAAAAAACAAGCCUACAUGACCAUACACAGAUUAAUAUUUGUAAAAAAAUUGGAUGUUUAAUAUAUUCCUAUAUUCAUCAACAACAAGUUUUAGGAAAAUCGAGUUGACUUUAUGACGUCAAAAACCUUAGGUCAGUUUCAUUUCCACGAAUUAGAGCUCAAUCAAUAAAAAUUACUAUAAACCAGGUAAUUCAUGAUUAUAUUUAUUGUCGCAUGCCGAAUCCAAGGGAUCA